AUGGAAGAGACGCUGCCGACACCACCCGCGACUCCGGCUGACGGCCGAGAGGCUGGCUCGGAAGCUGAGGUCGUCCAGACGAUUGACGCGCUGCUGGAGCGAUACCUCCAUCUGCUGGACGAGCAGCAGAAGCUCCAGGAAGCCAUAGGCAAGCAGUUUGCAAGCGUACGAGGGGGUCUAUUUUCUUUGCUUGGUUUUACUGGCUAG